AAAAGUGGUGUCUUGAAUGAAGACGCACCACUCGGAUACAGUAACAUCUUGCAUCAAGGACGUGGGAGCUAGCUACAAAAAAGAAGAGGCCAUGGCAGAAGGGAACAGGAGGUAUCCUCCAAACCUGCAGGGGGUGCUGCGGCUAGCGGUGGAGGCAGGCACGUCGGCUGAUGGACAUGCCCCAGCUGUGCCCAUGUCAGAGGAGAGAAAGGACUUUUUAAGAGGAGUACUUGCUGAAAUGAGUAAAGGACAGAUGAAUGAGGUGGAGCAGAUGAAGGAGUGUCUGGUGGUCCUGGGUAGGACCGAGCGGUGUGCACGGGGGAGAGGAGAGGGGGACGAGGGAGAGGAUGAAGAGGAUGACAGGGAAGCAGCAUUGGAGCUGCUCUCUGAGUUGUGUGAGAACCUGGACAAUGCGAGAGACCUGAUGACCCUGGGGGGUCUGGACCUGUGUGUGUCCCAGUGUCUGUGCCACGCCCAGAGCGGAGUGAGGUGGCGCUCUGCCCAGCUCAUCGCCUGCUGUGCCCAGAACAUGCCUGAGGUGCAGUGCUACUUGCUCCACAAGGGGGCGCUAUCAACACUGCUGCAACUGACUGACUCUGAUCCUCAUCCCACUGUCAGAGUCAAGGCCCUCUACGCCGUCUCAUGUCUGGUUCGGGAGCAGGAGGCCGGACUCCAGGCCUUCCUGUCUGAGGACGGCUUCUCAGUGCUCAUGCGAGGAAUGCAAAGUGACAAUGAGAAAUUGAGAACAAAGUCUGCUUUCUUACUGCUGAACCUGCUCAGAGCCCACCCAGAGCAGACAGACACGGUUGUCUCUAUGGGCAUGGUGCAGCAGCUGGUGGCUGUGCUCCGCUCUCCUCACUCCUCUUUCCAUGAACAUGUGCUUGGGGCCCUCUGCUGUCUGGUGCAGCAGUGUCCUCAGGGCCUGCAGGACUGCAGGAGGUGUGAGCUGGGCCUGGACGAGCUACUCACCCAGCGAGCAUCAGACCUCCAGGACAGAGACGAGUGUCAGGAAGAGUUGGACUUCUGUAUGAGUCUGAAGGCAGCUUGUUUCCAUGGACGGCAACAUGAUGACAAUGGAAUGGAUCGCUGAAGUCAGACAUUCGUGUCUUGAUUACAAGGACUUUUGAAAGUUGACAGCUUUUUUUUCUGCAACAGAAAUUUAAUAUCAGCAAAUGAUAGCUGUUAUUGGACUCGUUCAUCUAAGUGCACAGGAUCCUUGAGGAAGUGAACUUGCUUUUAUGAAGAAUGAUUGUUAAACUGGAUUUGGAUGUGCUCAAAUCCACAUGUUCUGUAGUUCAGAUGAGUUAUGGACAGCAUAACAAAUAGGCAUCUUCAUUUCUUCUUCAUGUUUAUGUAUUUUUUAUUUUGUGUAUGACAGUGCAUGGUAAUAGUUACACAAGAUUUACAAGUCAGUGUUUUUCAGAUAUUUACUUUCCAGAUUAUUAAUCCUUUAAUGAACUGUGUUGCUUAAAUCUCAAUAACUUUCUAUAAAACAAUAUAUGAAUUUC